CAUGUUUGCCGAUAGGGGCGCCGUUGAGACAGUUACUGCCAAAGUCACUCUCGUUUUGACAUUUGUUGAAACUUUCGUCUUUCUGUCAGUAGACAUGUCAAAUAACAGCGCAAACAGCAGCUUGGUGGCUUUACAGAAAACCGUCAAGCAGCUGCGACUCGAAGCAAGCAUCCGUAGGAUUAAGGUUUCUCAAGCUGCAGCGGACCUUAAAGCAUUCUGUAUUCAAAAUGCCAAUAGGGAUCCUUUACUUAUGGGAGUGCCAUCCAGUGACAACCCAUUCCGCCCCCCCAAAUCUUGUGCACUAUUCUGAGGUGGCAAGAUGUAGGGAGAUCAGGAGAAUCUUCUGAACAUUCCUUUUUUACAUGACUUUUUUCACUAGAAGGCAGAAUUUUUUCCCAAGUCCCAUUUUCUUGGCUGAAUCACUACUUUAACACUACACGCGCAAGUGACAUUAAAAUGUUUAAUUUAAAGGCACUCAUAAAAAUAUGAUUAAUGAAGAAAACCAUUUAAAUGUAUAUAACCUUAAUAUAGGUAAUGUCCAAACAAUAAUAAGCAUGGUAGUCCAACUUUAAGAGACACAGGGAGAAGUUAGAGUGCUCAGUUCUGUUCUUAUUUGGGGUCUUAUUUUUUAUGAAGUGACCACAAAUAUGCAACAGGUUUUCCAUGUCAAUUUGAAUAUCUUUCUUACACUGAAAUAUAUGGUUUUGUUUGUGAAGAAACACUGAAACACCUUGUUUUUGUACUGAUGCAGUUAGGCUUAUACAUGAACUGUUGUUACCAUGAGUCUUAUGUAAUUAAGAUAUUUAACUGUAUAAACCAGUUAGCUGUAUUGAAGGAAAAAGAUAUCUCAGGUUCUUUUUGAUAAAAUUUAUGCUGUCUUUCUGAUGUAUCUAAACACUGCUCAGCUGAGGUACUUACAUUCAAAUGUAUUUUCUUGAUUUCCUAGGUAAAUGUUUUUGCAUCAUUUUGGAGAUUCUUAAAUGUUAGUGUUAACAUAAGAAAUAUAAUUAUACAUUUUUGUUUGUAUGUGUUGGUGAAAGGGUCCUGUUUCCGUGUUGUGUCUUUACUAUUUGUACAAGAAAUCCAAAUGAUUAAAAGCAUACCAGCUGGUCUGUUUUUGCAUAUACUCUAACUGUACAUGUGUGUAUUGCUCAUUUUAUAGGAGUCAACCACUGGACAUUCAUGCAAAUGUCCCUUCUGUGUAAGGGUUUGAUUACUGUCAGCUGUAUGUUGCAUUACUGCCUGGGUAACUUUUUACCCUGUUUACCUCAUGCAGGUUUUGAGUUUUACAUUUUACAGAAGUGCUUACAAGAGCAACAUCUACCUUUUUGCAGUAAGCUAAGAUAUUAUGAUGGCAAAUUCUACAUUUCUUUACAAUGUACCACAGUAACUAAAUGUUAUUAGAAAGCAUUGUUAAUUAAUUACUACUAUUUUAAUGUUGUAUUAGAACAACCUUUUUGGCCCCCACUACCCAAUAAAAUAUUGUAGAGUUUUAAGAUGCAACACUACGUAAUAUCUUGA